GCAGCGUCUUUUUCUGUAGAGGGUUUAUUGAAUCACACCGGUUUGCCUCAUUUUGUGUGCAAAAAUAAGAAGUUAUUGAAUAUUUUGGUGCAAAUUAAAUCUAUACAAUAAAUACAUAAGUAUUACAAUGGCGGCUGCGUUAAAUGGUGUGUUCCCGUCAACGCUGCAGGAAAAUGUACAGAAAUCAAAAAUAUUGGUUGUUGGCGCGGGUGGGAUCGGUUGCGAGAUACUGAAGAAUUUGGUGCUUUCCGGCUUUCCUGAUAUCGAAAUUAUCGAUUUAGAUACCAUUGACCUGAGCAAUCUAAAUCGCCAAUUCUUGUUCCAUCGUGAGCAUGUGGGUAAAUCCAAAGCACAGGUGGCACGUGAAAGCGCAUUGCAGUUUAAUCCAGAUGUGAAUAUUAAAGCGUAUCAUGACAGCAUAAUGUCCACGGAUUAUGGUGUGAGUUUCUUCAAAAAGUUUGACAUUGUGCUAAAUGCCCUCGAUAAUCGUGCUGCGCGUAAUCAUGUUAAUCGUAUGUGCUUGCAUGCCGAAGUGCCACUGAUUGAGAGUGGUACUGCAGGUUAUAAUGGACAAGUUGAAUUGAUCAAGAAAGGUUUAACACAGUGUUAUGAGUGCACACCAAAGGCAAAACAAAAGACAUUUCCCGGCUGCACCAUACGCAACACACCAUCUGAACCAAUUCAUUGCAUAGUUUGGGCCAAACAUCUUUUCAAUCAAUUAUUCGGCGAAAGCGUAGAAGAUGAAGAUAUAUCGCCGGAUAUGGCCGAUCCCGAAGCCAAUACAGUAGAUGCUGAAGAGAAGGGCGAAAGCGAGGAUAAAGAAGUCGCUAAAACCAUACCAGAAACAGAAACGGGCAAUGUUGCUCGUGUAAAUACUCGACAAUGGGCCAAAGAUUCUAGCUACGAUGCUUCCACAUUAUUUAACAAAUUCUUCUUUGACGACAUAAAUUAUUUGCUAUCCAUGGCGAAUUUAUGGAAAGAGCGUAAGGCACCCACACCUUUGAAAUGGGACAAUGUACUACUCAAACAGGAUAAUGGCGAGGGAGUAACUGCUGAGACCUUGAAGGAUACUACGAAACAUUACCAUAAAGUGUGGUCGCUUGCUGAAUGUGCCACUGUAUUUGCAGAUUGUUUGAAGAAACUUAGUGCUAGCUUUUUAAAGCUUGAUGAUGGCGAGUCGCUGGUGUGGGAUAAAGAUGAUCAGCCAGCAAUGGACUUUGUGGCCGCUUGUGCAAAUAUACGUGCUUAUAUUUUCGAAAUUGGGCGGAAAUCACGUUUCGAAGUAAAAAGCAUGGCCGGGAAUAUUAUACCAGCUAUAGCAACAACCAAUGCAAUAACAGCCGGAGUUGUGGUCUUGCAGACUUUUAAGGUAUUGCAGGGUCAACUCGAUAAAUGCAAGUCGGUAUAUAUGCGUUUGAGACAAAAUCCACGUCAGCAGCUUUUGGUACCGGAAAAGUUCCUUACAGCACCGAAUCCCAAUUGUAUAGUUUGUUCUUCCGAACCGGCCGUGCAUAUACGUAUUGACACUAAACGUAUGCGCAUUAAGGACUUUCGUGAUGAUGUUCUCAUUAAAACUCUUAACAUGGUUAAUCCCGAUGUCAUGGAGCCGAAUAAGGGUAUUGUGGUAAUAUCUUCGGAAGAAGGUGAAACGGAGUGUAAUGAGGAGAAGCUCAUGUCCGAAAUGGGUAUAGUCGAUGGCGUGGUGCUCAAAUGCGAUGAUUUCUUCCAAAACUAUGAACUUGAAGUUAUUGUUAUACAUUUUGAUGCAGAACGUGAUGAGUCGUUAUUCGAAGUAGCAUCGGAUAGCAGUCAAAUAAAGCAAAAGGAUAGUGAACCAGCUGUGAAAGAAAGUAAUGGCAAACAAGCAGCAAAAUCAGCUGAUGAAGAUGACAGUGCAGAUGGUCCAUCUACAUCUAAAAAAAGUCGGGCAACUGAAGUUGUGGAAGAUGAUGAUGAUGAUUUGUGUUUGAUUGAGGACGAUGAAGACGGUAAUGCAGAGGAAAAAGUUGUUGCGGCGACCGACAAAUUGUUUGUUACCAGUCCCAUUAAGGAGUCUCCCCCGCCACUUCAAAGUGGUGGUAAGCGCAAACCCUCUGAAAGGAUUGAUGACGAAAUUACCGAAAUUAAAGAUUCGGACGAUGAGGAAGAUUUUGGCCCAACGCAGAUUAAGCGUAUGCGCACAGACAUCAGUAAUGUUUCAUCGAAUGAAGUUAUAAAUAUUGAUUGAACAAUUUACAAUAAACAUUCAUCAUAUUCAUUAAAUUGCGAAAUA